AUGACGUUCAUGGACGGCGAUGAGAUGCAUCGCCUCUGGGCUCUGGUGGCAGACCUCACCUCCCAGCUCAACCUCAAUCGUCAACAUCUAGCCGACGUCCAGUCCCAAGUAGAAGUCCUCAAGGGAAGAGCCGUACACAACCAAACUGGGUUUGCACUACGCAGAUUCAAUGUGGACGUGUCAAAGGAGAAGUUUGAGAGCGAGCUGGAGAGAUUGAAUGCUCAUUUGGCGCAGGAGAAUAAUGAGCUCAAGUGGGAGAAUAAGAUGAAUGAUCGGCUCAUCAAGGAGUUUGAGCAAUGUCUAGAGAUUGUCAUGAAGAAGUUCCGCAUCUUCUCGCACGCAACCCAAUCACAUACCCUCAAGCUGACACAACACUACGAGGAAUUACUCGCCAGCAAUACCUACAACGCAGCAUCUGCCUCCCUCCACGCUUCUACUGCCCUCUCCUCCACCCUCGCCCACCUUAGUACCCUCGUACGGUCCGCCCUGCGAGAGGUGGAAGGUGAAGGGGAGGGAGCCACUUUGGACGAUGAUGAGACGGGCUCUAUCUACGAAGCUUCUUCCUCGAGACAAACUCUCGGCUAUGGCUCUACCUCUGAUCCAAGGUGGUAUGGCAGCGGAGGGUACACUGGCAAGCUGGGCGAUCCUGACGCUCAACGCUCCGAUGCGGCCCUGGAGAGGGCAACGGAGCUACAACGGCUACGAGUGGAGAAUGAAGAGUUGAGGAGAGUUUUGGAUCUUGCUGAAGGCAAGGGCCUUGAUGUAGGCUUCGGCAAGGAAAAGUUGUCUCUAGGCGCCCCAAGGAGAGGUCGCAAGGCAAGCGUAAGCCAGGCUAUCUCCACCGCCAUCGAGACGACGCAACAGCAGCCUCCCCUCCCAGCACCUCGGGCGUCCACAUCCCGUAUACCCUCGAUACCUGCCGCUCCCCUUCCCACCGCCUCCAUCGGCUCUCCAUCUGCAGCUUCAAGACAGAUCACCACGCCUCCCCCGCCCGUGCCAAAGCCGCAUCGCACACCAUUGAGGGAGAAGCUACAACAGGCGGCCGAAGCCAUACAUUCCACAUCUUCACCGCCCUCCGCCAACAACGUUGUCCCACCUGUGGGACUCCCGGCUAUCCCUGAUAUCCUACUUGGUACUCCAGAGCAAAGUACAAGGGGUCCUGGCUCGACGCUCAUCCCCACACCACCAGACUCGGCGCCUGCACAAUCGGACAUCCGCUCGGCUCCCCUCUUGCCGCUUGCCUCGCCAAAGGGAGAUGGUACUCAACCUCCGGUAGGGCUCGCAGGCGCAGAUGCAGAAGAAGUGUCACCCCUCGCAGCAGCCAUGGCCGCUGAGGCAGGAAAUGGAGAAGCCAUCGAGGCAGAAGAGGCCAUCGAUCUGGGCGAAGAGCCAAAUGUGCCAAAGCCAUUGGCGGGUCAGACAGAAGGCGGUGAAGACGUGCCCAAGGAUUCGUUGGAGCUGCUCCUAGACGCCAAAGACGGAGGUGAAGAGGCAGUGGUGGAUGACUUGCAGGAGGUGGAGCUGCCUGCGAAUCAGGAGAUUGACUUGUCCGAUGGAGAGCCGGCGGGCGGGGCAGUGACCGCGGUAGAGUCGUCGCCUGUUGAGCAGGCGCCACUGACCGAGCAGGCGGUUGAGCCAGAGAGUAAAGACGUGGUAGGGGUCGAGGAGGUUCCUGUCCCCUCCAGUACGGCAGAAGAGAUCGGUGCAGGAUCGACUGUGGAGGCCUCAACUUCCGAGCCGGACACGCCGGAAGAGGAGACACCUUCCUCCUAG